AUGAAUGUUGCAUUUUAUCUGCUUUUCCCUCUCCGCGAAUUGAGUUUUUUUUUUGUGAAAAGCGAGAAGAGGGAGAAGCGAUUCCCCAUUUGGACCCCCCCCAAGAGCAGUGCCCCGCUUUUUAUACACAGUGGGUGUGCGGGUGUGAGGCAGGGGAGAAGCGCGUCGGCGCGUUAUGGAAAAGGCAGUGGUUGGAGAAACGGUGGUGGGAAGGAUGGCGGCACAUCCCUGGGGACAUCCCUUCGACCAUCCCUGCUGCGCGCGGAGGGGAAGCCAGAUGGAGAGGCGGUCCCAUCGAUAGGAGAGCCAACUUCAAUUGCGAGCAACGACAGAAGUGAAGAACCCCCCGCCAGGGUGGCAAAAACGAAAGGAACCCCCCCCGCAGGUGCCAACACGACGGGGAUAAGCAACCACGUGGGGGAAAGCAUAAAAAGAAUCAAAGGGGAGUACUACGAUGUGGAAAUUUGCGAGCUGCUGUCUAAGAACUUCCUCUCCUAUGCGAACUUCUUAAUCCUUAAUAGAUGCCUGUGUGACUAUCGCGAUGGCCUAAAAACGGUGCAAAGGAGAAUCAUAUGGAGCAUGUACGAAAUAAACAAAGGCGCGGAGAAACGGAGUUAUAAGAAGUGUGCCCGAAUAGUGGGUGAAGUCAUUGGGAAGUAUCACCCCCAUGGAGAUAAGAGCGUUUACGAUGCUUUAGUUCGCCUAGCCCAAAGGCACCACAAUAGCAAUGUGCUAAUCAACGGAUAUGGGAACUUCGGGUCAGUUGAGUACAACGCUGCGGCCAUGCGUUACACGGAGGCCAAAAUUUCCAACUUUUGCUACGACGUACUGUUAGACGAAAUAAAUGAAGAAAACGUAGAGUACGUGAGGAACUUCGAUGGGAAUGAAAUAGAGCCGAAGGUGUUUUGCAGCAAAGUUCCGCUCCUACUCAUUAAUGGCUGCUCAGGCAUUGCGGUGAGCAUAUUAAGUAACAUCCCCUGCCACAACCUAGUAGACGUGAUCAACUGCACCAUAAGCUUUUUGCUCAACCCAAGUAUUAGGGAAGACCAUUUGUCCGCAAUAAUAAAGGGGCCAGACUUCACCACAGGGGGAAUCAUCAUAAGCAAACCGAAUGAACUGCAAAAUGUGUAUCACACGGGGAGGGGAAGCAUCGAAAUUAGGAGCAACGUCUUUCUAGAGUACACGAAGGAUGACAAACAGUACGUCACCCAUGUGAAUAAUUUGGCUAACUUACAUCCAGAGGAUAUAGACUCCAGGGGGAGCAAAAAACUUGUUAUUAAAAAUCUCCCCCCAAAUGUGAAGCCAAACGAACUGAUCGAAAAUAUGAUUAACAUUUUAAAUGAGAAAAAAAAUGAACAUGAAAAUAUUUUACAAAAAAUUAGAGACGAAAGUGAAAAGGAGGACAUGCGAAUUGUACUGGAGUUGAGGAAAAAUACCCAAGUGGAACAAAUAAAUGAUUUCCUCUCCUUCAUUUUUAAAUACACACAAAUGCAAACCACCUACCACUGCAAUUUCGUCUGCAUCGGUCAUCAAAAUAGUUAUACGCAGUUUUCUUUGAAGUCAUUCCUACAGCUAUGGUGUGAAAAUCGCAUCAAAUUUAUUAGAAAUAAUUUGACAAUAAAAAAUAAAAAUUUACAAAAAGAACUUCACAUCAUAGACCUGUACAUACUCAUACAGAAAAAGAUUUUGGAAAUUAUUUCCUUCCUCCAGAAAAACCAAAACAUUGAAGAAAUAAAAAAUUUUUUUAAAAAAAAUUUCCAACUGAAUGAUUAUCAGAUCCAGCACAUCCUCUCCAUGAAGAUACAAAAACUGGUGAACAUUAAGAACGUCCAUUUUGGCCCCCACAAGGAGAAGAUUCUAACCCGCAUGCGGGAUAACCGCGACCUCAUCGCCGACGUCGACAGGAUCAAGCGCCUCAUCAUUGAGGAACUGGCCUACAUAAAAAACAAGUACGGCACAAGCAGCGCGGGCAGGCUCCCAACCCCCCAGGGGGUUAAGUACAAGUACGUUUAUAUAAGCCCGUCAGCGGGUGGCCACCCUUUGAAGGACCACUUCGACCCGCCGCUUCCCCCCCAGCGGGAUGACCCACCUGCGUUUGCAAAAAACGCGGGAGAUACAAAAGAGGAAAAAGAAAAAUUGCGAAGCGGCGUAGACCCAGACGAAGAGCGCACCUGGGAAGAGCAGCACAUGGGAGAGCAGCACAUAGGAGAGCAGCACAUCGAAGAGCAGCACAUCGAAGAGCAGCACAUCGAAGAGCAGCACAUCGAAGAGCAGCACAUCGAAGAGCAGCACAUCGAAGAGCAGCACAUCGAAGAGCAGCACAUCGAAGAGCAGCACAUCGAAGAGCAGCACAUCGAAGAGCAGCACAUCGAAGAGCAGCACAUCGAAGAACAGCACAUCGAAGAGGUGGACCCCCCUUUACCCAAGGGUAAGAAUGAACGGGGAGUUCACCACACGGGGGGCACCCAAAGGGGGGCGAAAGAGACAGACCCCCCCCCGGUGCACUACAGACACACCUACAUCGACUGCGUGCACGCGGACGUCAAAGACGUUUACAACAACGACCACGUGCUCGUCCUGAUCACCUACGGGGGGUACGUCAAGAAGAUCAAAGUCGCGGAGAAGUUGAAAAAUCACCAGAACAAUACCAUCAAGCUGUCCAACGUGAAGUACAUUUUGAAGGAGAACGAGGAGAGGCGCCUCAACGUUGGCGGGGCGGCCAGUGGAGCGGCGAGCGGGGAAGACAGCGGAGGGGAAAACGGCGUGGCCACCUCCAGCGCUAACCCCACCAGCGCAAACACUGCCAAUGCGGCCAACUGCUACAAGGUGAAGAAAAGCAUCCUGUGCAGGAACAAAGACAGGCUGCUGCUGACGGACAGCCAGAACAAAGCCUACGUCCUGGACGUGUGCGACCUGCAGACCUCGUCCUACGACUCCAAGGGAACGCCCAUCAACCAAGUGGUCCACUGCUCGAAGAGCAUCACGGGGAUGGCCAAGUUCGAGGAAAGCAAAAAGUACCUCAUCGUGUGCAGCGAAAAUGGAAAAAUGAAAAUCAUAAACAACGACGUCUUCUUAAAGAAAAAAAAAAAAGGAAUACGACUUUUUAAAAACAAAAAAGAUAUCCAUUUCAGCUACUGCAAUUUUAGUGACAACUGCAUUGUGGGAACGGCCAGUGGACACAUCAUUCAGUUCCCACUCUCCAAUUUUAAAAUUUCCAAAAAAAACUCCCUGGGGAAUAAGUGCAUCAGUCUGGGGAAAAACGACAAGGUGGUGGACCUCCUGACGUAUGAGAACGACGAGAAGAGUGUCAAGAAAUUCCAAAUCAUUUUUCUCUCCAAAGGUGGGCAUGGAAAGAUGGUCAACUUGGGGGAGCUCAAGGUGCAGAAGAGGAGGGGCAAGGGGUACAAAAUUAUGAAGUUUAAGCGGGCCAAGAGGGGCGCGCCCAUCCAGGGGGGGGGAGAAGCGCGAAAGGAGGAAAACGUGCGAAAAGAGGAAAACAUGAGGGAUGAGAAAAACGAGGAGGGGGAGAGUGAGGCCCCCGCCCCCCUCAUGGCCAAUCGGCAGGCGGACCAAACUCCCGCGCACAGCACAGACGCAGAUGAAUUCCUCGGGUUUAAACUCUACGACAUGACAAAGAGGAAGGACAACGACUUUCUCAUUAUGAUUACCGACCAUGCUGUUCUUAUACGGAAAAAUAUUACCCUCUUGAAAAAAAAAAACAGGAAGCACUCAUCGCAGAUUUACGCCAAGCUGAGCAAGCUCAACCGGCUCGUUUACUUUGACAUUAUGUAA